AUGUCGCUACGCUUUCCUCACCCAUCACCAGACGCCUCCAGCCUUCCUUCACCACCGGAGAUACCGAAUGACUCCUACCAACCCAUUGACCUCACCUUUCAUCUCCUAUUCUAUCUAUCUAUCUAUCUAUCUAUCUAUCUAUCUAUCUAUCUAUCUAUCUAUCUGUAUUCUGUGCGGUUACCGAUUUUUUCUCACUUUUCUUUUUGGGUUGUGGUUCUGGAUUUUGUCCCGGGCAAGCAUUCAACAAAUGCUCUGCGGCUCCACAACACCAACAAAGUGGUCGACGGCCCUCAACAACAACAUAAAUUAGUCUUCCUUCCCACAUUAAUGUCUCAUCAAAACACUCCGAAGCGACCCGCGGAUGCCCAUCCCCUGCCCAAUCCGAAGGGGCCACCUCAGCGGGCGAGGCAACGGGAGACUAGGGUUCCACCACGGAGCCGACGCAUCCUCGCUACUGGACACAACCCAAGAAAUGCAAACAAAACGAGGAACCCAACAACAACAGAUAAAAAAGACGAUGGCAAACAAAAACGACACCCUCUUCACAGAAUAUACAUUGAAACUUUCAACAAACUGACGUGA